UUCUACGCACUUCGCAGUUCGUGGCGUUCUUGGGUCGUCUUUCGCUGUCGCACAAACCUCGAUCGAAGAAGAUUUGGAUUCGAGGUAACUCCGUACAGUUGUGAGAAGUGAAGAAGGAGUAAUCGAAAAUGCUGUCACGCCAGAUCGUGAGAAACUUCAUGACGACGGUUGCUCGUCGAAGCGGGGCCGACGAUUUUCACGGCGGUGUUCCCGGAGGCAACCUGCCGUUCGGCAUCAACAACAGGUACAAGCUCACCGCCUACUUCAUCUUUUUCUUCGGUACCGGUCUCGGCGUUCCAUACCUUCUUGUUCGUCACCAGUUGUUGAAGAAGUGAGCGACAGCAUUAUGGAUAUUUGUAAGUAUAGAGAAUCUAGUUACACCGGAGGUAGUGCGAGAAUUCCUGAAUGGGUAACGAGUAUAUCUUGAAAGGCAUUUUGUAUAUUGUCAGGUAUGACUAUGAAUGAGGAAUAAAGAAUACAAAGAAACGAAAAUAAAAAUUUAAAUACCA